CGAUCAUCUUGCGGACUGCAUAAACUUUAAAGAAGAAGACAGUGCUCCGAUGAUACUGGCUGCUGUUCAUUUGUCACUCGUGCUGUGAUCUUUGUUGGAUGUUUGUAUGUGAACGCAUCACAGUAGUAAACAAAUGGCCUUCGCGCUGCCGGUGUGGCUCGCGGUCCAGGAAGAGCUCCUCGAAUAUGGCGCAACAGACUAUGGAGCUCCGAGCUGUUUCGACGAAUUCGACGACGAAGCUUUGUUCGAGAUGUUUCACCUUACCAGACCCUGCCUCUCUUUCAUCAGAGACGCCGUGUGUAUCCGCAUAAAGAAAGUUACUGUUAAGAAACCUGCGUUAUCUGUGGACGCGAUGGUCAUGGUGGCACUGAACUUUUACGCACAAGGAGUCUUCUCCGUUGCAGUCCUUCAGGGAGUCGGACUGAGCCAAAUCGACUGCCCUGCGGUUAUUAACACCGUGUCCGGGGUCAUCGCAGGGAUGGCCGAUCAGUUUAUCUCGUUCCCUCUAACCGGGGAGGCUAAAGCCAAUGUCGCCUUGAAGGUAGAGAAAUUAUGUGGGAUCCCCAACGUGCUGGGUGUCCUGGCUCCAGCUCACUUCAAGAUCAGAGCUUCUCCGUAUGAGAAGGACACUUUCAGGUCUUUUGUCAACACUCUGGGUUACACGUCUGUCGUGAGUCAGAUCAUGUGUGACUCCGACGGUAACCUACUGAGUGUGGAAAAAUGUUGUGUGGGCAGCACGUUUGAGCAGGACAUGUGGGAGUCGUCUUUCAAAGGAAGGGAAAUGGAGGAGGAAUUGCACGGGCCAUAUUGCGUUAUUGCUGGAAGAGGCUACCACUUGAGCAAACAUGUCUUGACUCCUGUGUCAGAACCCACAAAUGACAACGAGACCCGCUUCAAUGAGGCCCACAAAAAGAUCCACAACGUGAUGCGGACAACGCUCGGCUCCAUGAAGAGGCGUUUCAGGUGUUUGAUGCAACUUGGUUUUGCACAAGAAGGCUCUUUGGACAAAAAGUCCAACAUUAUAAAGGCAUGUUGUGUCCUGCACAACAUCGCUAUGAAGUUCUCUGUCCCUCCCCCGCCGGUAGUUGGUAAAAUUGAGCACCUGCAUCCGGGCAAGCUGCGUUCAGUGGCAGUGGAGCUCAACCCUGAGGCCCUAAAAGCCAGACAGGAACUCAUGAACAGUAUCUUCUCUGUUGUGUCCAGUAGCGAGGACCCACCGAAUAAAGGCAUCAGAGAGGAGGAAGUGUGAGCAGAGUGUGGUGUCUGCUCAAGGAAGUAAAGAGGACAACUGACAUACUGACACUUUAAGGACAAACAAAGGAGCCAAAACCCAGCUUGAAAUGCAGGAUUUAUAAACAGUCUGAGGCGAAUUGCUGUUCUGUGACAGUUUGGCUCUAAAAAAAAACACAUUCAGGUAUUAAUAAGAAUGUUUAAUUUCUUAUUCAGAUA